AUGAGACCUGCCGAGCCCCUACGGAACUGGAAGAAAGAGCGCUCCGAGCCGCUGGCAGCGGCGGCUUAUUUACACGGAUACGCCACCCCUUUCACUUGGGCUGGACGCCACGUAGCCCUGGGGAAGGAUUUUGCCGACUGUUCCCUGCUUUCGCGGCAGCGAUGGCCCCCCCGUCCCGGUCUGCAGUCCGGAGACGGAAGCCUCGGGUUUGGGGGUGGGGAAGCGUCGCAGUUCUUUCCGGAAGAGCGCGGAGCGCAGCCGGUCCGCCCGCUCCCCGCGGGCCCGCUGCUGUCCCCCGCGCAGCUGAGCCGUCGGUGGGGCGGCCUCGCCCCAGGCUCCCCACACCGGUCCUGCCGAUCCGUCCGCGGCCUCGCUCUCCAAGGCCCGCCCUGCGCACCGCGGGGCACGCCCUCGCCUCGGCCCCCGCCGCGGUGCCCGCGCGCGCCUGCGAGUUGGGGGCGACGGCGGGGCCUGGCCUCCGGGGCGAGGAGAGAGGGGAGCAUUGAUGAGCACACACCAGGAGAAUAUGAUGAGCCAAAGAAAAGCAGCACUUCAGCUUCUACUUCAGAAGAAGAAAAGAAGAAGAAGUCUGGUCAUUCGAAAGAAAAUUCCAAGAAAAGGAGAAAGAAAAAAUCCUUUAGAAGAAAACACAAGAAGUAUUCCAAUGACAGCGACAGUGACUCUGACUUGACACAGACUCCAGGGAGAGAGAGAGCACAAGCAGGGGGAACAACAGAGGAAAAAGGAGAAGCAGACUCACUGUUGAGCAUGGAGCCCUAUGUGGGGCUUGAUCCCAGGACCCAGAGAUCCUGACUUGAGCCAAAGGCAGCUGCUUAACCGACUGAGCAACUCAGGUACCCCUAGGUUUUGUUUUUUUAAAUCUAAUCUGAGGGAUCCCUGGGUGGCGCGGCGGUUUAGUGCCUGCCUUUGGCCCAGGGCGUGAUCCUGGAGACCUGGGAUCGAAUCCCACGUCGGGCUCCCGGUGCAUGGAGCCUGCUUCUCCCUCUGCCUGUGUCUCUGCCUCUCUCUCUCUCUGUGUGACUAUCAUAAAUAAAUAAAAAUUAAAAAAAAAACAAAUCUAAUCUGAUACCCUAUGUCUCUUGAUUAGAGCAUUAGCCCAUUUACAUUCAGAGUAAUUGUUGAAAGAUAUGAAUUUAGUGCCAUUGUCUUACCUGUAAAGUCACUGUUUCUGUAAAUUGUUCCUUCUAUUCUUAAUGAGAGCCUUGCUGGAUAAAGAAUUCUUGGCUGCAUAUUUUUCCCAUUUAGCACACUGAAUAUAUCAUGCCAGUUCUUUCUGGCUUGCCAGGUCUCUGUGGACAGGUCUGCUGCCAGUCUAAUGUUUGUAUCCUUGUACGUUAAGGACCUCUUGUCCUGAGCUGCAUUCAGGAUUUUCUCUUUUAUCUCUGAAAUUUGCAAGCUUCACUAAUAAAUGUUGUGGUGUUGACCUAUUUUUAUUGAUUUUUGAGAGGGGUUUCUCUGUGCCUCCUGGACUUGAAUGCCUAUUUCCUUCUUCAGAUUAGGGAAGUUCUCAGCUAUAAUUUGUUCAAAUAAACCUUCUGGCCCUCCCUUCCUUUUCUGGGACCCCUAUUAUCCAGAUACUAUUUUGCUUUAUGAUAUUACUGAUUUCUCAAAGUCUCCCUUGUGAUUUAGUAGUUGUUUUUCUCUCUUUUGCUCAGCUACACUUUCUUUUCUUUUCUUUUCUUUUCUUUUCUUUUCUUUUCUUUUCUUUUCUUUUCUUUAGAUUUUUACUUAUCUGAUAGAGCACAAGCGGAGGGAGCAGCAGGGAGAGGAAGAAGCUGAGUCCUCACUGAGCAGGGAGCCGGAUGCGGGGCUAGAUCCCAAGUGCCCAGGAUUAUGACCUGAGCCAAAGGCAGUUGGCCAACUGACUGAGCCAUCCAGGUGCCCCUCAGCUAUUUUCCAUCAUUUUGUCUUCUACAUCAUAGACUCUCUCUCCUGCCUCCUUUAUCCUUACUGUUAGAGCUUCCCUUUUAGACUGCAUCUCUAUAAUACCAUUUUUAAUUUUGGCCUGAUUAGAUCUUAGUUCUUUUAUUUCUACCAUAACGGAUUCUCUAGUGUCUUUCAUGCUGUUUUCAAGCCCAGCUAGUAUCUUUAUAAUUGUUUUGAAUUCUAGUUCUGACUUCUUACUUAUAUCCAUAUUGAUUAAAUCCCUGGCAGUGAGUAUAUCCUUCCAUUCUUUCUUUUGGGGUGAGUUUCUCUGCCUUGUCCUUAUGUCCAGAAAAGAAUAGAAGAAAGAAAAGACAAAAAUAACACCACUACCACCUGAAAAAGAAACAAACCAGAAGAAAACACAAUACAAAAUAAGAAAAAUCAAACAAGAAGUAAAACAGGACAAAACAAUGAACUAGAUCCCAAAAUAGGAAAGAAAGAAAAACUUAUAUAUGUUCAAAAAUAAAACAAAAUAUAAUGAAAGGGAACCAAAUAUAUAUACAUAUACAUGUGUGUAUAUAUAUACAUAUAUAUGAACGCUUUUAUAUAAAAAUUAAAAAUAAUUUAACAAUUGAAAACGUAAGGGGCACAUGGGUGGCUCAGGGGUUGAGCGUCUGCCUUGGGCUCAGGUCGUGAUCCCGGGAUCCGGGAUUGAGUCCCACAUCGGGCUCCCUGCAGGGAGUCUGCUUCUCCCUCUGCCUGUGUCUCUGCCUCUCUCUCUGUCUUUCAGGAAUAAAUAAAUAAAAUCAUUAAAAAUUUUUUUUGAAAAAAUAAUAGCUAAAAAGGAAAAAAAAAAAAACAAAACUGAAAGACUAAAGGAUAAUAAAAGACCAUGAAUGCUGUAUACUGUUUUCCCUGAUCGCUGAAGUUCUACAGUCCUGUAUGAUCAGUAACCUUGGUAUUAGUCAGAAGCUCCUGCUGGUGUCUGGGGGUGGGGUUUGUUGCACUGAUUCUCAGUUGUCCUUCCCUGGGCGGAACUGCACCUUCCUUACCAGGGGGCCCAGCUCAGUGUAAGCGGCUCCAGAUUGCACUAUGUGGUGCUGUUUUGCUCUUUGCUGGCUUUCAGCACUGAUGUGGGGGAUGAAUAUGGCAGGGCCCCCAUCUCUAGCCCCCGAGCUGAAAGUUCGCACCCCCCACUCUUCAGUGAGCCCUCACGGAAAAGCAGUCACUCUUGUCUCCCUGGUUUCUGCCCACACUCUGUGUUCACCCAGCCUGUGUCGAGCAUUUUUAUCUUAGGCAUGUGACCCAGUGUCGAGUCUCCAAACUUCACAGACUCCUAUGGCACAGACCCACACCAUUCCUCUCAGGGGAGGGCAGGGGUCUCUGGGCGCUUCUGCCUUUUGCCCGGCUCCUUCCCAGGAGAGUAGUCCUGCAAGUGGGCAGCAGUUCUCUGUUUAUGGCAACAGGAAGCAAAGUCGUCGCCUAGGCCCGCUCUUUGCAGCCAGCUUCCCCACUCUGAUGCCUGGGAACCCUGCUGCACUCAGACACCACGGUUCUUGUGGCCCUGGGGAUCCUGAGACCACACUGUCCCACCUGGGAUUCCGCCCCCACUUCACCACCUGAACACUUUUAGGCCAGGGACGUCCCCCACCAGAGCAGACUUCUAAACAUUCUGAUUUUGUGCUCGGCUACUUCUAAUACUUUGUAGUAGCCUUCUUAAGUAGGCUCCUUCCCCUCCACCUAGCCUCCAGUAUAUCACUAUAUCACCUCAGAUUCACAUUUUGGCACCUCAUACCUUCUAGAAAGUAGUCACUUUUCUAAUUUUAGAAUUGCAGCAUUUCUUAUCUCAGAUCUCUGAUCGAUUUUGCAGGUAUUCAGGUGAUUUGAUAACCAUAUAGCUGAAUUCCAGGGACCAGACACACUUAGGGUCCCCUAUUCCUCUGUAGUCUUAACUCACCCCUGUUGUGCCCAAGAUUGUGAAUCCGAGAAACCACCAAGAAGCCGACACUGAUGCAAGUACAGGAGGGUUUAUUUACAAGCUCGAGCUUGGGUCCAAGUAUACUUCACACAGCAGAGCAGGGGCUUGGACCCCGAAGUGGGUUACAGCUGGGUUUUUUAUGGGCUGGUCUAGGGGAUUUUCAGAAGAGGUGGAGGAAUUUUUUUUCUUUCCAAUAUGGGGAAAGGGUCGGGGAGUUUCUUAAGAUCUGAUAUGGGAUUUCCUGCCGAGGACAUUCUGCAGUUUUUCCUCUAAAGUUCAGCUCUUAUUCCCAGGGGCCCAAGAUGGCUGUACUUGUGCUAAUGCUAAACUUGAGGUGGCCUCAAGUUUCUUAAGAUCUGAUAUGGGAUUUCCUGCCGAGGACAUUCUGCAGUUUUUCCUGUAAAGUUCAGCUCUUAUUCCCAGGGGCCCAAGAUGGCUGUACUUGUGCUAAUGCUAAACUUGAGGUGGCCUUAAUUUUUCUCAGCCUCCACAACCCCCAACAGUAACCCCUAUCUCUGGUUUUGUAUGCCUCAGCAUUUCUCCCCAUCUCGGAUUUCUGUGAGCCUAGUCAUGCAGCUCCUACCCGUGUCUCCCUUCCUAGCCCCGCAUGUCUUGGAUGGACCUCCAGGGCAUGGUGCUAAAUUAAGUCAGUCAAAGACAAAUAUGGUAUGAUCUUACAUGUGGAAUCUAUUUUUUUUAGGGAUUUUAUUUAUUCAUCUGAGAGAAUGCACACAAGUCAGGGAGAGAGGGAGAGGGAGAAGCAGGCUCCCUGCUGAGCCAGAAGCCCAAUGUGGGGCUCGAACCCAGGAUCUGGAGACCAUGACCUGAGCAGAAUACAGAUGCUCAACCAUCUCAGCCACCCACGUGCCCCUUACGUGUGGAAUCUAAAAAAAUCCAAGGGGAGCCUGGGUGGCUCAGUUAAGCAGCCAACUCUUGAUUUUGGCUCAGGCUCCUGGGAUCGAGCUCUGCACUCAGUGGGGAGACUACUUGAGGAUUCUCUCUCCCUCUCCCUCUGCCCGUCCCUUCAUUCAUGUUUGCACAUGCUCUUGCUCACUCUCUCUCUCAAAUAAAUAAAUAUUUUUUAAAAAAACCCAUGAAACAAGAAACCAAGCUUAUAGAGAACAGAUUGGCAGAGGUGGGAGAUAUAGAUGAAGAGGGUCAAAAGGUACAAACUUUUAGUUAUAGGUCAUGAGAUAUAACGUACAGCAUGAUGACUAGUUAAUAAUAAUGUACAGCAUAUUUUUAAAGUUGCUAAGAGGGUAGAUCUUGGAAGUUCUCAGCACAAGAAAACAAUUGUAACUGAUGACAUGUUAACUAGACUUAAAUGAUCAUUUUUGCAUUGUAUACAGACCAUUAUAACAUUUCAUUAUGUUGUACACCUGAAUCUAAUGUAUGUUGGUUAUGCCUCAAUAAAAUUAUUUUUUAAAAAAGACAUUUCAUCCUAAAAAAUAAUAAUAAUAA